UAUGCUACGGGUCCAAUUAUAGAAUCGGAUUUGUUAGUUCUAGUUGAUAGAUAAAGGAAAUUGAUGUACUUUUGCACUGUGUUUCUAUUUUCUGCUUAUAAUUUAAUAUUAUAAUUUCAACCUUUCCUUGUUUGCCAAGACUUGCGACACAUCAUAUCAUGACUUCUUAAUACAGUGUUGGAAUUACACAGGUGACACUCAGAAAGAAUAUUGAGGUCGAAAAAGUUUGUAGUUACCUAUCGGAAGUAGUGUGUAUCGGGGAACCUUGAUGCACGAUGGCGGCGGGUAACGGAAGAGAAAGGCCUAGAUGGUCCCAUGUUGCCGGCCUCAUCGUGAUCCUUGUUAUCUUCAGACGCGCAGACUCGCACGACUACUACCGGAGCCACCCGUCGUCCGUGCCCAUCUUCUUGCCCGUGCCCACCGAAAUCACCGUGCACCAGGGCGAGACCGCCCACCUCCGCUGUCGCAUACAGAACCUUGGACCAAAGUUUGUUGUAUGGAGGAAGGCAGACGAUGAGUCCCCGUUGACGCUCGGCAAAAUGACGUUCACCCCGGACUCGGACGUAGAGGUGCAGCUGGAGGAGAUCCCGGGACACGAAGAAGGCGAGGAGGAGAGCCGCUACGACCUCGUCAUCAAGAACGUCUCCCAGGAUCAGGCCGGCGUGUACGCCUGUCAGAUCUCGGCCACCAAUAACUAUACCCAGAACAUCACACUUCACGUCCUCGAUCCGGUUAAGUACAAGCCGGAGCUUGAACUGACGGGCACGGAAUACGUGAGUCUCAUGGAGGACAUCCGCCUCGUGUGUAAUGCCACCGGCGCCCAGACCGCCCCGGACGCCGUCGACUGGUUUUUCAACGGCGAGCCCAUCACCGACACACGGGGCCCCUGGCAAGACAGGCUCCUGCGACUCAAUAACAAGCCCAUACCCGGGCGAUCGUUAAUCAGUGAACUCAUAAUAAAGCGAGCUACGAUGGAGGACAGGGGACACUAUGUGUGCCGGUUGACUAAGAAAUUAGCCAAGGGAUUUAAAGUGCAUAUACUUAAUGGUAGGCCUCCGGAUUAUAGUUAUGGUAAACAUCGGUUACGGAUGUAUUUCAAUGUCGUAUUUUUUUAA